CUCUCUGAGGCAGAAAUAAGGAUCACUUCUCCAGACUACUCAGCUGGUGCUGGUGUUCAGCUGGUUUGUUCUUCCACCUUAUGAAAAUAAUCUUCAUCCUAUUUCUACAUGGCUUGUACUGAAAAUGGGCUUGCAGGGCAUAGUUGUUCACCCAUAAUGGUACCUGUGGAUAAAAACGGAAGCAGGGAGACGCGCCACAAUGUGCAGCUCCGCUGUCUGAGUUCCAUGUUGAAGGAUGAUGAGGAUGAUGCAGAUGUCUGGACCCACUCUCCUGUCUCUUUGAGACCUCCUUUCACUGUGCCAAGAACAGGAGCCCACAUUCCUCAAAAUCCAAGAGCUCCAAGACACCCUCUUGCACUAACACCUGCUGCUGAGGAAGAGUCCCUAGCAACAGCAAAAAUAAACAGCUCAGAGGGCCUGGAGAGCCAGAGCCAGAAGGGACAUGAUUCUAUUAAUAUGUCCCAGGAAGUCUCUGGAAGCCCUAUGGCUCUGAUGAUCAGAGGCCCAAGAGUUGGUAGCAGGGUUCUUGAGAGAAGUGGAAAUAAUUCAAAGCUAUAUACUCCUGUGCCUAGAUCCCAAGGGUUCUUUCCACCAAGGGGUUCACAGUCAGGAGGUCCUCCAUAUAUUCCUACGCUUAGAUCAGGGGUAAUGAUGGAGGUGAGUCCAGGAAAUGCUAGAAUGGCAAACCGUGGCAACAUGGCUUGUGUUUCUUUCCCACUGGGUAGCCCAAGGCACCCUAUGGAUAAUUGGCAUCAGAGUCCUUCUCUCCCUUUGUCACCCAGUAUUACAGGCUUACCUUGCUCUUCUGCUCAUUGCUUUCUGCCUCCUCAAGCUCCAGCAUUCAAUCCAUUUCCUGUGAUGCCUACUGCUUUUGCUUCUCCGCGAUUUGGUCCUCCCCUUUUGCCUUAUUUUUUUCAUUACAACACUGGAGCAAUAUACCCUCCUCCAUACUUAAACUAGAGAGCUUGCAAAGAGAAAAGAGAAAAAGGGUUGGGGAAAGAGUUGAACAUUGCUCACUUUCUUCAUAUAUAAAUUCCCCUACCCUUUUACAUUUUGUUUAGCACUAAUGUGCCUUAUGUAUUUAGAGAUCUAAUAAAGAUUCCACAAUUUUAAA